CAAGAUCAGACAUCCAGUGGCAGCAGUGGCGGUAACAUUGGGGAGCUUGCUGAAGAAGAGACAGGGAGUGUUCCCAGACAUCUGGAGAGGACAACGGUCUCCUAAGGCCUCCCACCCCACCAACUGGCCAUGCUGACCCGUCCUGUGGUGUCCACCAUCCCUACUCUCAGGCUGUUCAGCAUCCUCCUCAUGGUUGUUUCCCUGAAUGCUCAGAAUAAAAGCUGGGACAGACCUAUCUGCACCGAGAACAUUGUGUCUGUGCCUAGAGGCAGGCCUGCAGUGAUGAGCUGUAACAUCUCUAACACCUUCACCGAUGUCACCAUCCAGCUGACUGCCCAUGGGAAGGACAGGACCAUCUUCAAGAAAAAGCCCCAAGGAAACUUCUCUUGGAGUGGGUGGGAGCUCCAUGUUCAAGGGGGGCAGGCACAGCUUGUCAUCAAAGAUGCCCAGGACGACCACACAGGGAUAUACUUGUGGCAGCUGCAUGGACGCCAGAGAUAUUACAGAAACAUCACCCUGAAUGUUUCAGAGCCUUCAAACGAGGACAAGGUCACAGACACGAGGCUGUUCACAUCCCUCCCAGAUCAAGUCAAGAGCUCCCAGCUAGAGGCCAAGCCUGAGACCCUUAUGGGAGUCAUCAUUGCUGUUUUGGCCUUGGGAGUCCCAGGAAUCCUUGCACUUAUCUGCUACAGGCACCAUCGUUCCCAGAAGCCCCAUUGGGUAAGGAGGGUCUAAGUCUGUGUCCAGUGGAAGCUAAUGGAGCUGCCUGCAGAGUUGAUUCCAGAGAGAGGCCACCAGCAUGGGCUUAUCAUGUUCUUCCUCCUUGGAGGCCUCUGGAACCCAAACAUCAUGGAAUCAUCAUUACAUGAUUGACAGUGCAAAAGACUUUGUUCAGUUUGCUGGGCACAAAAGACCUUUCCCUGAGGGUAAUGGAGCCCUUGGUUCUGUGCAGAAGAGGGGACAGUGACUCACUGAAGAAGGACCUUGGAAGUUGGAAAACAGUUUAGGCAUUUUUGGUCACAUGAACAAGAAUAUAGCUUCCUGACUAUGGUCUUCAGUCAUCUGAUCAGCUCCUCAACUCUUCCCCAAAUUGGGAAUUCCAAAGCAGCACAGCUCUUGACGCUCAGCAUGGACUCCUUUUCUUCUGCUAAACCUCUGAGGUCAGGGUCUCUCCACUACCCAAAGAUCUCCAGCGUAAGCCUGAUGCUGCACCAAGGUUUGCUUCAGGUAGAUCGUGGGGACAUACCUGCUUUCUGACUGACAACGGAAACGAGUUUGGGAAACCCAGAUGUCAGGUUCCAAGGACCAAAAUAGGGAGAUAGGACUUUAAGAUGAAUCACCUCCCCUCUCCAGCCCCUGUAAGGCAGAGUGCUGUCAGAACAGGGUUCUAUGAAAGAGUGCAGGUGUUGGUUGCCAGGCAUUGGUCUCUGAGGGUCAUAAAGAAUCUCUGGAUUCCCUGGGGGUUUCUCCUCAGCAAACCCCUCCUCCAGCCCCAACUCCCUGAUUCAUAGCCACUAUCCACUGUUUGUUACUGACCUUCUGUCCUGGUUACAAUGUUAUUUUUUCCUUACAAUAAAAAAAAUUUUUUUGGUAGAAAAUCCA